AUGAUGUUCCCUGGGAUGAUGGAGCCUCCAAUGGAGCCUUUAUUAUCUGACAAUGUACGAUUAUGCCUUAGAACUGUUGGAUUUGUUUUAAUUUCAUGUGCAAUAUACUUUUAUGGCGAUAUGUUGGAUAUGCCAGAGGCAAAACAUAUUGUAGUAAGAGACCAGUUAAACUUAUAUAUUUACUCUGUAUUAUUAUUUCUUCAUUUUCCAAAGAUGUUAUUCGGUACCCUUAUAUAUUCAUAUACUACAAGAUUCGUUUAUGAAAAAAAAUAUAUACAUGUUUUAGGCGCAGUUUUAGCUCCAGGAGCAACCGUUACCCCAAAGAAUGAACUGGCUAACAUUGUUCAUCUCUCUCAAGUCUGCUUAAACGAGCCUAAGAGUAAUGAGAGAACAUACGUCCAGUUAGUUGACGGAAACAAAGUCUAUAACCUGUGCUCCUUACAAAAAGAUGUUAAUGAACAUGCAACAUUGGACUUGUUCUUUUCCACUAGCGGUGACUUGAAAUUGACGACAAAGGGUGGACCAAACGAAGUUCAUGUAAUUGGUUAUUUCGAACCUGAAGACGACGCUUUCCUUUCAGACAGUGAAGAAGAAGAGGAAGACGAAGUUGAUGAGGACGAAGUAGACGAGGAAGAUUCUGAUGAUGAACCAUCCUCAAAGCGCAAAUCUUCUAACAAAUCUGGAAAAAAUUAA